ACUCUUUUCCUUCUCCCCCUUUCUGCUUACUUGAACUACACUCGCCGAUUUUAACUUUACCAAUAAGCGUGAAAAAAAUAAAUAAAGAAAAGAGAGAGAAACAAAAUAUAAAUUUUCAGCAACGCAACAGAUCUCUCUCUUUCAGUUCUUCUCUUCUCGCCGGCGACAACUGUUCGAAUGCCUCAAAUUCCGUCGGAGAACGGCGUCGAAGGAGACGAUGAGAGAGAAGAGGAAGACGACGAUGAUGAAGAAGAAGACGAUGAUAAGGAAGAAGAAGAGGAGCCGAGGCUCAAGUACCAGAGAAUGGGAGGUAGCAUACCUUCGCUGCUAGCGAGUGACAGAGCGUCUUGCAUCGCUGUUGCCGAACGGAUGAUCGCUCUCGGCACUCACGACGGCGUCGUUUACAUCCUUGAUUUUCUCGGCAAUCAGGUGAAAGAAUUCUCUGCUCAUGCUGCUGUUGUUAACGACCUUAGCUUCGAUGUAGAAGGUGAAUAUAUUGGAAGCUGUUCUGAUGAUGGCUCCGUUGUAAUAAACAGCCUUUUUUCUAAUGAGAAAAUGAAAUUCGAGUAUCAUCGUCCUAUGAAGGCGAUUGCUCUGGACCCAGAUUAUUCAAGAAACACAUCUCGGAGAUUUGUCGCUGGUGGUUUGGCGGGAAAUUUAUAUUUAAAUUCAAAGAAAUGGUUAGGUUAUCGUGACCAGGUUUUGCACUUUGGAGAAGGUCCAGUACACGCUGUGAAGUGGAGAGCUACUCUUGUUGCUUGGGCAAAUGAUGCAGGGGUGAAGGUUUAUGAUACUUCCAAUGACCAGCGUGUAACAUUCAUUGAAAAGCCACGAGGUAGCCCACGGCCUGAGCUUUUGCUUCCUCACCUGGUUUGGCAGGAUGACACCCUCUUGGUUAUUGGCUGGGGAACAUAUGUGAAAAUUGCUUCAAUAAGGACAAACCACCAUCAAGCAGCCAAUGGGACAUACAGGCAAGUUCCCUUGUCUAGUAUGACCCAGGUGGAUAUUGUGGCAUCAUUUCAAACUAGCUAUUUCAUCUCAGGAAUUGCCCCUUUUGGUGAUGCUUUGGUUGUUCUAGCUUAUAUUCCUGGAGAAGAAGAUGGAGAAAAAGAUUUUAGCAGCACUGCUCCUUCACGACAGGGUAAUGCACAAAGACCAGAAGUACGAAUAGUAACAUGGAACAAUGAUGAACUUUCUACAGAUGCUCUACCAUUACAUGGCUUUGAGCAUUAUAAGGCGAAGGACUAUUCCCUUGCUCAUGCUCCUUUCUCAGGUAGCAGUUAUGCUGGUGGUCAGUGGGCUGCAGGUGAUGAACCGCUUUACUAUAUUGUAUCCCCAAAGGAUGUAGUUAUUGCAAAACCAAGGGAUGCUGAAGAUCAUAUUGCUUGGCUUCUUCAACAUGGGUGGCAUGAAAAAGCUUUGGCAGCAGUUGAAUCUGAUCAGGGACGGAGUGAAAUACUUGAUGAGGUUGGGUCUAGGUACCUUGAUCAUCUGAUCGUGGAAAGAAAAUAUACUGAAGCGGCUUCUUUGUGUCCCAAGUUGCUUCGAGGAUCAGUCUCAGCAUGGGAGAGGUGGGUCUUCCAUUUUGCGCAUCUUCGUCAACUCCCUGUUUUGGUUCCAUAUAUGCCUACAGAAAACCCUAGAUUGCGUGAUACUGCUUAUGAGGUUGCUCUUGUCGCAUUGGCCACAAGUCCAUCCUUUCAUAAGGAUCUCUUGUCCACUAUUAAAUCCUGGCCAUCUGUAAUUUAUUCUGCAUUGCAUGUUAUUUCAGCUAUUGAGCCUCAACUUAACACUUCAUCCAUGACGGAUUCACUCAGGGAGGCAUUAGCAGAGUUGUAUGUGAUUGAUGGGCAACAUGAGAAGGCCUUCUCAUUGUAUGCUGAUCUUUUAAAACCAGAAGUGUUUGACUUCAUUGAUAAACAUAACCUACAUGAUGCAAUUCGUGAAAAGGUUGUCCAACUUAUGAUGCUUGAUUGCAAGCGUGCUGUUUCGCUAUUAAUUCAAAAUAAGGACAUAAUUAGUCCACCUGAAGUUGUGAAGCAACUUCUAGAUGCUGAUGUCAAGUGUGACUGCAGAUAUUUCUUACAUUUAUAUCUCCAUUCAUUAUUUGAAGUGAAUCCACAUGCUGGGAAGGACUUUCAUGAUAUGCAGGUAGAAAUUUAUGCUGACUAUGAUUCAAAGAUGCUGCUACCCUUUCUUCGAAGCAGUCAACACUAUACCCUUGAGAAGGCUUAUGAAAUUUGCAUUAGGAGAGACCUAAUGAGAGAGCAAGUCUUCAUCCUUGGAAGAAUGGGAAACUCAAAACAAGCCCUAUCAGUUAUUAUAAAUAAAUUGGGGGAUAUAGAGGAGGCUGUAGACUUCGUCACCAUGCAGCAUGAUGAUGAACUGUGGGAAGAACUAAUCAAGCAAUGCCUUCACAAACCUGAAAUGGUGGGCAUACUAUUGGAGCACACAGUUGGAAACCUUGAUCCCCUCUACAUUGUAAAUAAGGUUCCUAAUGGGAUGGAAAUACCUCGGCUUAGGGACCGGCUGGUUAAAAUUAUUACUGAUUACAGGACUGAAACAUCACUUAGACAUGGGUGUAAUGAUAUCCUUAAGGCGGAUUGUGUCAACUUAUUAAUAAAGUAUUACAAAGAGGCAAAGCAUGGAGUUUAUCUAAGUAAUGGGGAAGACGAGCCAAAAAAUAAAAGGAGCGAUACUCAUGCUUCUCAGGUGUUUGAGAAAUCCCCAAGUCAGAGAGCCAUGGAAAUGAAGUCAAAGAAUAGAGGGGGUGGAAGAUGUUGUAUAUGUUUUGACCCUUUUUCUGUACAGAAUAUAUCGGUCGUUGUUUUCUUUUGCUGUCAUGCUUAUCACACAACUUGUCUAGUGGAUUCCUCCUAUACUAGUAGUAGCAAGAAAGAGAUCCGAGCCACUUCCCAAGAGGCAGAAACUUAUGUUUACAAUGGUUUUGUGGAUGAUAACGGCGAUGAUGAUGAAGAGACAGAGGGUGGCACUCGUAUGCGUUGUAUAUUGUGUACUACUGCCGCUAGUUGAGGGUAUGGUGUUGAUGCAUGUCUGAGUCCGCCGCCUGUGCUUGCAUGGUUAAUAUUUUUGUUUCAAAGUUCUUGUCAAUAUAAUUAUAGUUUUGAUUCAAUCUUAGGCUUGUCGCGGUAAGUUAGAUUCUUGAAUUUUUUUUAAAUGCAAAUUUUGUUAUUUAAUUUCUAUUUUCUUGAAUAGAAUAUGUAAUGAAUCAUUUUUGCAACGAAGCCGUCGAAUAGAUGGUGCAGCAUGCUUACUAAAUAUAGCACGAUGUAAGACUCAAUAUAUAUCAGAUUUUAAUCGAUUUUAAAGGCAUUUU